AUGAGACUCGGUUAUGUGUUGAACGCAGCCUUGGCUGUUCCCUGUGUGACAGCUGCUGCCGUGUGCAGGGACGCAGCGCCUCCAGGUCCUCCAGGUCCUCCUGGCCCCCCUGGUCCACCUGGUCCACCUGCUGGUCCUGCGAGUCGUGGACCUCAUCCGCCACCAGCGCCGCCUGCAGGUCGUCCAGCCCCUCCCGCUGGACCUGCUGCAGGUCCUCAUGCUGUCAAGCUUGAUGCGGGUAUCGUUCAGGGUUUUGCGGAUGCCAGCAACAACUCCGUCUUNUUGGGCAUUCCCUUUGCCGAGACGACUGGUGGCCAGAACAGAUGGAAGGCACCUAUUCCCAAGGGCAAGCUCAUGCCAGGACAGGUUGUCAAUGCUACUGCCUAUGGACCAACCUGCCCUCAGGCAAUCAGCAACACUCCCUACAGUCGUCAAGAUGAAGAUUGCUUGAACCUUAAUGUCUGGGCUCCUGCCAAUGCUACUGGCAAGAACCUUCCUGUCUUUGUGUACAUGUAUGGUGGUGCCAUGGUUACUGGCUCCAGCAGCAACGUCCAGUUCCAAGGCAACAACUUUGCUCGCAAGGAUGUCAUCUUCGUCAGCUUCAACACCAGAGAAAGCAUCUUCGCUUACCCCAACUCGGCCGAGCUGGGCAAAGACGGUUCGCAGAACUUUGGUAUUCUCGAUGUCCACCAAGCUUUGGAGUGGGUUCACGAGAACAUUGCUGCCUUUGGUGGUAACCCUAAUCACAUCGUGUUUGGUGGCCACUCAUCCGGCUCCGUUCAGGUUGAUCACUAUCUCUGGAACAACCCUCAAUCGUGGCUUGUUGGUGCUGUUGAGAUGAGUGCUAAUGCCGAGUCUGGUCCUGCUAUCACUCCUCUUAACCAAGGUCUUGACAUUGUAGCUGCUGAUGUCGGUUGCGGUACUGGUGUUGGUCAGCUCGACUGUCUUCGCAACAAGACCAUCUACGAGAUUGAGACUACCAGUUUCAACAGCACAUACAACACCUGGUUCUCGCCCAUCAUUGACGAGGUCACUCGUUUCUCUGACUACGCCGGUCGCUUCGCCGCUGGCAAGUAUCCUUCUCACGUCCCUCUCUUGACCAGUAACUCAGACGGUGAGGGUGUCAUCUUCGGUCUCGUCUACGGUGGAGAGAACACCAACUUCAGCUCUUGGAUCAACACCUUUGAUGCUGAUGUUGCACAUAUCCCUGAUGAGGAGCUCAUUGCUGCUUACAACGUUUCUGACUAUGCCUCGGUGUCUGCCAUGAGCGGUGCUCAGUACGGAGAUGCGCGCUUCUUCUGCCCUGUUGACUACCUCAUCGAUCUCCGUAGCGGUGUGCAAGACACCUGGGCUUGGCGUUUCUUUGGCGACUAUUGCAACGUUGUUGGCUGUAUUGUCGGUGCCCCUACCCACGGCACUGAAAUACCNUUUUUGCUGGGCGGGAACCAGUGCUUCAGUGCUCUCACCAACGUUACUGAUGCCCAACAAGCCCUCGCCGACUCCAUGAACGACUGGUUCGUCAAGUGGAUCAAGAACCCCUCUGCCGGACCCGGGUGGGAGAAGGUCAAGCCCAAGUGCGGCACUGUUGCUAAGAUUGGUGUUCCUGGCAACGAGCUUGCCAUUGAGAUUGGCAGCACGGCUGACUAUAACGGUCGUUGCCAGUCUGUUUACGACCCUCUGCAGCCCAAGUACCCUGUUCUUAACAACGUCACCGCUAUCUAG